AUGUCUGCAGUGUCAGAGAGUCUGGAUAGCAACGCUGCAGCGAGUUUGCGCAAGUCUUUGGCCUAUGUCCCGCUGACGGGGGGCUCUUCUUCAGCUUUAGAUCUGCUGUUUGGGGUGCAGGUGGAGGUCACUUCAACCAGAAGCAGCACAGAAGGACAAAAUGAACAGAGCAGCAACACCGUGCAAAUAGAAAAACACCGAAAACUCACAUGCUUCCUCGGAACCCCACAGAAACCCGCCAGUACACUCGAAGAUAGCAUCAAGUUCUCGCUAGGAGAUGAAGUCGUACAGGUUGGCGGCAGGGGCAACGCAGCAGCAACUGCAGCAGCAACGGCGGGGGGACAAGCAGCAGCAGCCGAGGAUACUCUUAUUCGGUCCAACCGAAUCAAAAGUCUAGCACUUUACCUCAUUGUUCAUUUUAUGCGUUUUGAAUGGAAAAUUGGAGGCACGGAAUCUGAAAAAGCCAAAAUAUGCCGCAGUGUAAAAUUCGGACAAACCCUCGAUAUGUUCCCUUUCUGCACCAAAGAGCUGCAGGAGUCCUUCAAAGUUGGCCGCGCGAUCGCUGCCUUGCGUCGAGAAAGGGAGGCAUCUGCCGGCAGCACUGCUGCUUCUGCUGCUGCAGCUCCUGCAACAGCAACAGCAAAUGGCAGCAACAACAGCAGCAGCAGCGCUGCUGGAAAUUCGGCAGCAGCACCUGCUGCAGCACAUUCCGAGGUGAAUUCGAAUGGGGAGGCCGACGCUGCGAAGAAGGAAGCAGAAUUGCUGCCGCUUGCAGGGAAGCCUUGUCCUACAGGGACUUUCCAGUUGUUGAGUGUCGUGACGCACCAAGGCCGGUAUGCAGACAGCGGACAUUACGUGGGCUGGGCACGCGCAGGGGGUGCGGAUACACCUCAGGAGCCCCCGAGCGCAGAAAAUGAGAAGAAGAAGGAGGAAGAAGAACAGGAGGAGCAAACAGCUUCUUCGGGACCCGCUGCAAAGAAGCAAAAGAAUGUGAUCAUGUGGAGGAAAUUCGAUGAUGACAAAGUCACAGAAAUUCCGUGGGAAUCGAUCGACCUCGCAGGAGGUCGCAGCGAUUACCAUGUUGCGUAUUUGCUGCUGAUGAAGCACGUUUUAGUUGUUCCUUCUGAAGAAGAACUGAAAGUACUGGCAAAGCAGAUGUAA